AUGCCACUCACUCCCCAGGAGUACCUGGACUGGUGGCUCACCACAGCUCUUGAUCCUCUCAAAGAACUUGUCGACAAGGAGGCAUUAGGAUGCGGUCCUCAGCAUGUUGGUUUUGAGCAGACAGUUCAAAAAAGACAGCGAGGUUUUGAUAAUGAUGUCGACCUGCGAGAGGCUCUGCGGCUGCACGUCAAGCGGCUUUCCUCUCACCAGACUCCUGAAGCCUCCUGCAACCCAAGAAACAAACUGAGAGAGCUUACUUUGAACGUCUUCAAGAAACCCGAGGAUGGGGGCCUAGUUCCCGACAAAGUACUCGAUGGCCUCGCUGAUCUCAACUCUGUCGAGCUUCGGCGCCGUCGCCUCGUGGCUGAGACUCCUCUAAUUUUCAGAGCCGGCCAUCCUGCUUAUGGAUCAGCGGCAAUGGUUCAAGAGCUGAAUAGAAAGGCUACGGAAAAGUUUAACCAGUUUUACAUGGGCUUCAGAGCAUCCAUGGUUGUUGAAGAGUUGAAGCAAGCGAAAGUCACCAGAAAGCCUUCUGUGGAGAUUAUGGCAGUUGUGAACGCUCUCUUCCCAGCUCAUGACCUUUUGAAAAACUCAGACGACAUUAGUCUUGUUCCAUGCACUGACUCUCUUCUCGGCUGCAUCCGUUUCACGGUUCUCUACCAUCUCUUGGGAGACAACCCGUCGAGCGACAAACAGCAAGCCAUGAUACAAGAGAAGCUGUUUAUCUGGUGCAGUCUGCCAAGGUAUGAAGCGGCGUACAAAGCAUUCGCUCAAUACAUUGAGGAGUUCAAGACAAUCGAGUCUCUCUGCUUCAAUGUCCUCCAGCUAGCAGAGAAAGAAUCUUCUCGCCGAAGAUCAGGAUCAGGACCUCGCCGUCCUUCCUUUACCCCCAAUUCCGUGGUCAUGGUCAAAUCCAUCCUCAAAGGUUCUCCCCAGAGCCCCCGUGAGGUGGAAAGUCUGACUGGUUCUGGAAGAUCUAAUUCGCCAGAAUUCGUGGCAUCGGCGCCCCCUGUCCCCAAUCCUUUGCUGAAAGGUCUCCCGGGACGAGAAGUCUCUCCUUCUAAAACCGACGGAGCGGCAUUUGCUUUUGACCAUUCAUCUGCACCAAAGUUGAGAUAUGAUGCUGGCGGCGAAACUGUUGUCAAAGGAGAAAAGGUUGAUGUCAAGACUUUUGACCCCAGCAAAAAGUUGAAAAAGAAGCUGCCGAUGAAGCAAAAGUCGUUGCCAACGAGACAGAAAUCAUUGCCGGCCAAGCAGAAAUUGUUGGAGACAAAGCAAAAGCUAUUGCCAGCCAAGAAGAAGCAGUUGCAGGCGAGAAAGAAGAGAGAAGAUGAUGACAUCCCGCCGGUUCCCCCCACACCAGACAUUCCUGAGUCUAUGAAGGCAACAAUCACAAGAACCAGUCUCAAGCUCCUUCAACGAAUGCGGUCGCAUCCAGAAAUGCAAAAGUUUCCUCAGAUUGCCUCAGUUCUUGCUGGUGAGAAAGCCAAGUCGACCACCAAGCUGGCGAAGCCGCCGCCUACUCGCCCCAAAGCCGCUCAAGGUCAAGUUCGAGAUAGCUUCUAUCUCCGUACGGCAUCUUUCCCCGAAGCAAGUAUUCGAAACAGCCAACACAGCCUGUAUAGUCAGCGAGCCCCUUCUACGCAGUCAGUAGACAGAGCCAGCGCCAUGAGAAAGCAAGAUAGUGCUGCCGCUCAAGAACAAGCAUCACUAAGCAAACCUGAAGUCAGAUACAGCAUGUGCCAACCACGGCUAUCUAACAUGGAAUACACAAGACUCUAUCUUAUAGAGGAGGCCAACGCCAAAAAGGAAAAGCGCCCUUGCGAACUUCCUCCUCCUAGGAAAGUUUGGCUCUGGGGACCUCGUUGGGAAGAGUUUCUCGUAUUGCCUAAGCUUCCAGCAGCCAUCAGACGUCGGUUUUCCCUCGGUACUGGCGAUGAAGAGAAGAAGCCCAUGGAUUUGGAGCCACUUGGCCGAGGACAUGAUUCGGAUGCCGACUCCGUGGAGACUGUCAAGGGAAAGACAUCGGUGUCUGCUAAACCGCCUCGGCUGUCUUUGAAUCUUGACAAUAUGACUUCCUCUCUGAUGCACUUGGUACCUGUGGAGUCGGGAAAGGCAAACCAGAUUUUAGGCAGGCCGCAGGCCCAUAAAGUUGUGCAGGCUUCUGGUCAGGAAAGCCCAGUCUUGGGCCAUUUCGCUCCUGAAUAUGUGAGGCAAAGCUGCGUAUCGACGACUCACAAGGCUGAGAAUCCGCCUCACACAUCAACAGUGUCCUCCGUAUCUACUGGCGUAAGUGAAGAAGAAGAAGACUUGUACUCUGACGACCGACAUCUAUGGCCGCCCCCAAUCUGUCAACGAGGCGCGUGGCUUGAUCCCGUUUCUCCCACAACUGAAGAAGUCACAGAAUCCGUGCGUGACGAAGGAGACAGCAUUGAGAACACGACACCGCAGCUUAGUGAUGACACUUUUGAAACAUCGUCCAUCUAUUCGGAUGAUAGUGCUAGAACUGCCGUCUUUCUCGGCAACAACGGCAGCGGCAAGGAAAUUGAGGAUGCUCCCAAAACUCCCCAGACAGCUCGCCACCACCCUGAGCAGCUUAAGAUGCCAAAUGAAGCAUCACCUGUGCGCCCUGGUAUUCCAUUUAGCUACAGCUGUGCCUCGUUCAACUCAGUGUCUUCCGAUCGCUCCUCGCUGACGCAUUUCCCCAUCUCAGCUGAACAAAGAUCAAGGGCCACCACAGAAGAGAUGGUGCAGGGUAUCCUUAGCCAGUCCGGCGGCCGCCUCUGUGUUGAAGAUGCCCGCCAAGUUCAGUUGGUGGAGAGGAAGCAGAGCACCGAGAUUCAAGCCUCGUCGGCUGAUAUUUGGAACACCAACGAGUACAUGGAACCAGAGCUUCAGCCAGCCCCCCUUAAUCUAUCCAAGAAGCCCUCUAUCGCGAAGCCAAAGCAUGGUUUACAUGAACCACCUUUGAAGUCCAAGACGAAUCCCGAUAUUCUGGAAAGCAUCCAGCCGUUCAUAUAUACAGGCAAGGGGAGCAACUUGGUGAGCGGAGCUCCUCAGAAGUUCCAUGAGAAAAUCAAGUCGUACGAAUCUGGCUUUGUGCCUCUGCCUGGAUCUCUUCUUUAUGAGGCUGAUAAGAAUACGGACAUUAUUCGAAUCCCGCGAAAUCUAUCUGAUAGCUCCAACUCAAGCAGUUCUAGUUCGGCCGUUAUCACUCCAUCCAAGCCUGGUCCAAGCAAACAAACAAGCUACGCAGCCCAGCGCGCGGAACCAAGAUCUGCUCGCUCUAUGAAUGAACUAUAUGGUGCUGCUUCACUAAGCAAUGGCUCUCCGUCUCAGCAACGAAAACAACCCUCUCCUACUCUGAGCGAUUUGGACGAGUUCUUCGGGGUCGGUCCUUAUGAAAAGGCGUUCUUGGAAAAGCAUCCAGAGGCGGCAAAACCGUUUGUCCUUCCUCCCAAGCUCCCACAGUUGCCGGUAGCACCAGUCUUUACGGCACCUGCACAGGCUACACUGAUGCUUCGCCGACGAGACAAGAACACACAGCAACACCGCACUCCUCCAACUCCUCCAAUGUCAGGCGGAGGCACACAACGGCUCCAUACUCCUCUACAGCCUACAGUCCAAAGAGUCAUGGAGAGAAAGCCAAACACCUCGGUGAACGUGAGCAGCUUCGCGUUACACAGAGCUCAAGGUAACAAGGCGACCAUCCUGCCAGUAGUUGAGGGAAGAAGCCGUGCGAACACGACUAAUACCAGAGGCCGCGACGUUGCUACCGGCCCAGACCGCAAUUACGAGGAUAGCAUAUCCGAAGAGCACAUGCCACAGCAGACGUUUCUCGACGACGUUCACCGGUUCUCUCUUCAGCGGUACGAUGUCAGCGCUCGUCGACCUUCGACUGCCCAUGCUCGCCCCAACACCCUGUUUGAGCAAGCUGCGCCGAUCUCGCCCGUGGAGAAUGUCCCUUCUGAGGGCAAGAAGAUCUCUAACACGCCUGCUACAACGCUGGGAAAUCUCUUCCGACGGCGUAAUCGGAAUUGUAAGGAGAAUUAA